AUGCUGGUGGUCGGAGGACCCCAGCGUGGGAGCCCCUCGGGCGGCUGCGCCGCGCGCGAACCCGUGCCCCCGCCGCAUCGGCCCGCGCUGCAGGCUGCUGCGCCCACCCCCCCACCGCCGCCGCCGCCGCCACCUCCUCCUGUGGUGGCUCCCGUUGUCGCUCCGCUCCCGUCAACCCUGCCUCCCUUGAGUGCUUGGCGGCCGCUGUCCGUCCAGCCGGAGCCCGUCACGGUGGGAGCGCCGGUGCACGUGGUGCCGGCUCUGUGCGUGGUAAGGAGGACGGUGGCCAUGUGUGACUUGGAGCGGAGGCUCCGGUUCGCGUUGGUCGCGUCGGUCGGCGGGCGGAGGCCGGUAGUUUCGCCAGAGCAGGUGGCAGCGGCGCUGAGGUGGAGAGGCGUGCCCGCGACUGCGUUUUCCGUUCAUGUUCACGCUCCGGAGGACUUCUUAGUGGUGCUGGAGUCUGCCGAGGUCCGGCGGCACGUCGCGUUGCUGCCCGCCGUUCUGGUUGCAGGGGCGCCGCUCGCGUUCCGGCCUUGGAACAGGCAAGCCCAGGCCAAGCUAGUGGCGCUGAGGUCAAGGGUGUCCCUGGUGAUCGAAGGUAUUCCGCCGCACGCCUGGGACGUCGAGGUUGUGGAGGAUUUACUGGGGAAGAGCGUGGCUGUGGAGGAGGUGGCGCCGGAGACGAGGUCGAGGGCCGAUCUCUCCUUGUUCAAGCUCACGGCUUGGACGUCGGAGCUGAGUGCCAUUCCGGUGGCGCGCAUGCUUGCGGUGCCCGAACCGCUUAGCGAGGAGGAUUCGCGUGCAAGGUCGCCGGCGAGGGAGCUCCCAGCGACGGGCUUGCGCAUGCCGGAGACGACAGUGGCGCGCGAGAUCAAAACUUUGCAGUACAAGGUGCUGAUCCACAUCGUUGCUGUGGAGGAGCCAUGGCUCGGAGGUGAGCGUGGUGCGGAGAGGCAGGGAGAGGGACCUCACGGUGGUCAGGGAGGUGACGGCGGCGACGCUGGCCGUCGUCGGAGAAGAAGCUGCGAGUGGAAACGUGGGAUGCCUGACGUCCGCGGUGGGCCUGGCGGAGUGGGUCUGCAGAGGCAAAGUGGGACAGGUGGCGCCACGCCGGUGGUGGAGGAGGGCGCGUGGGGCCUACCUCCUUUGGACCGGCCUGGUCCAUGCACGGUCAAGCUGCCGGCGUCCAGCUUUGCGGCGUCUGUCGGGGAGCAGGAGCAGGAGCUCUCUGUGGCGCCGGUCGGGGGCAGCAGAGUUCGUCCUGGGAGAGAGGAAGCACAUGCGACCGUUGGUUCGGCAGCGGCUGCGCGAUCAGAUGGGGGAGAGGCAGCCGUGGUUUUGGAAGGACUCGAAGAUGCGGUGGAUAUUCCUCCAAUGGGCCAGGAGGUGGGGCCGGAGGUAGCGACAGGUCAGGGGAAAGCGGGAGCGCCGGUUUGGCUCGACGCGCUGGAAUCGCUGCCGACCGCUGCGGAUCCCGAGGCGCUGCUGGAAAAAGUGGAUCCCGAGGCUGAUCCGCGCGUGGCUUCCGACGCUGGUCCAGGGGUCCAGGAGGCUUCGGUUUUGGAGGCGGUUUUGCACCACGAGACGGGGAUUUUGGAUCUGGAGAAGGUGGGGCCCUCGGCGGGGGCCUUGGCUGGCGAGGUGGAGGAUUUGCGGGCGCAGGGAGAGCGGUUGGAGCCGUUGGCGCAACGUGUGAGCCCAGAUGUACAUGCAGAUCCACAGGAUGUGGACGUGGAGGAGGACUACGAUGCAUCCUUGCCUGAUACGUGGUCAGUUUCUGGUUCUUGCUCCACAGGAGUCCAUGGAGCUGUUGAGGAGUCACUGGCUUGGGGGAAGAAGGAGGAGUACUUCCAGGUUUCGAUCUCGGAGGUAGAGCUUGGCGGGCCAAAACGCGCAGAUGAGGUGUUGGCUUCUGAACAACACCACAUGUUGGAGAGUGUCGAGUCGGAGCUGCUGAGUUCCCCAUGCAUGUCGUUCACUGGGCCUAACAGCGACAUGCAGAUGGUCCCGCGCAGACAGCCGAGGGAUCCAGUUUUACGGGAGGCCACACCGGAGGGCUUCGCUGUGGGAGGCAUGGCAGAGCUAGAGCUGCAGUAG